AUGACAAUGACCGCCAUCCCAGAAAGUCUGAACAGUCCCGCCUCAGGAAAAAGCGUUUUCAUGGAGUUCGGGCCCGCCGCCGGCCAGCAAAUGUCGCCGUCCUCCAUGUCCCACGGACAUUACCCCAUGCACUGUUUACAUUCGGCGGGCCACGGACAACACGACAGCUACAGCCCGGCCCCGAACUUCCCCCGAACACUGGCCUACCCUUACAUCAACACGGUGGCAAGCCAUUCCAACAGCCCGUACCUCAGCACGGUCCAAACGUACCAGAACAGCUCGGCCCUGCCUCAGACCCGCUUAGAGGAUCCAGCACCAGAAGCGGGCAAGAACACGGUGGUGGAGGGAGGAGAGGUUCGCUUCAACGGCAAAGGGAAAAAGAUCCGCAAGCCGAGGACCAUCUACUCCAGUUUACAACUUCAAGCUCUAAACAGGAGAUUUCAGCAAACGCAAUAUUUGGCCUUGCCGGAGAGAGCCGAACUCGCCGCUUCACUCGGGCUCACCCAAACACAGGUGAAGAUUUGGUUCCAAAACAAGCGAUCCAAGUUUAAGAAACUCAUGAAGCAAGGCGGAGGCACAAUUGACACAAAUACGCUCGCCGCAGGCCGAGGACUGUCCGGCGGUUCUCCGUGCACGGUGGCGUCCGUGUGGAGCGCGCCGUCCGCGGGGAAGACGUCGGUGAGCGCCGCCGCCGCCGGAGGCUCUUACAUCCCGGCCUACACGUCGUGGUACACCGGCGGAACGCACCAGGAGUCUAUGCAACAGGCCUCCCAGCUCAUGUGA